AAAUAAAAUUUUGAAAACUGGUUUGACACAUGAAAAUAUCACGAUGCGUCAUGCUUUCACACUCGCUUUGACUCGGUUGUACGAUUCCUUUCCGCUUUAGACUCUCAACCGGCGUCGUCUUUUUCCUCGCCGGCGGCCACCGGAAAGCGCCAAAACAAGAAAGAUGCUAAUUUUAACACACUCUUUCUCCUCCUCCUCAACCUCUCUCUGUCGUGACAAACACCGUGUUCAAACUCUAAACUCUCAUCGCGCCGCUCACCUCCGUCGUCCUACUUCCCUCCACUUCUUUAACCCUCUCAGAAGUUUCGUUGGAAGUAGAGGUAAUUUGGGGAUGAAGCAGAAAUGGACUCAAGGAUUUGGUCCUGUUUGUUAUUCUCCUCCUGUUACUAUUACCACGACGAACCUUCAAUGGAUCUGCACAAUAUCUUCUGCGGUUUUGAUGUUUGCAAAAGGCACCGCAAUUCAAAAAUCAUUUCUUGUUCCUUUGUUUGCUCUACAAGCACCUGCAACUCUUGCGUCGUGGAUCAAGGGUGAAUAUGGAAUCUGGACAGCAUUUUUGGCACUUUUAGUUCGCCUUUUCUUCUAUAUACCUGGUGAAUUGGAGUUGCCAUUUAUAGCAUUGCUAAUGAUAAUCGUGUCACCUUACCAAGUCUUGAACUUAAGAGGAAGACAAGAAGGGGUUGUUCUUUCUUUGGUUAUUGCGGCAUUUCUGGCUUUCCAGCAUUUCACACGAGUAGGCAACUUAAGGAGGGCAUUUGACCAAGGUUCAUUCAUUGCCACCUUAGCCAUACUUUUUACUGUUGCUGUGCCAUGCUUGCUCUUAAUCUGAACAAUUGCCUGUGACCAUCUGUAAACUGUUUCGAGCCCCAAAACCACAUUAGAUAUCAACAAAAUUUACAAUGGUGAAUCCAUAAAGUAAAUCUUACUUUUGCUGUUUAAAUUUGUGAGAAUACGUCUCUUCAGGACACAAUAGAUGUAUUUCAACAUGCUUUUUUGCAUAGAUGUAAGAAUAUUUUCUCUUAUUAAUAAAUAUAUAUUCACGAAGAAUCA